AAGCCUGGAGUUACAAUCUUCUCCUGCCUGAAUAUGGCGAUCUGUCUCCAGUGCCCAGAUCAAGAUGACUCUUUAGAGGAAGACACAAUGAUAGUCUACUCUCCACUCACCCUUGAUAAGCUGGCAAGACAGAGGCUACUGAGGGAUGAGGCCUUAGCCAUUUCUGCUCUCAAGGACCUGCCCAAUAUUCUGUUCCCAGUGAUGUUUGAGGAGGCCUUCAUUAAUGGAUAUACAAAAGUCUUGACAGCCAUGAUACCUGUGUGGCCCUACCCAUACCUUUCUGUAGGAAGGAUGAUAGAAAACCUCAACUUGGAGACUUUGAAGGCUAUGCUUGGGGGACUAGAUAUACUGAUUGCACAAAAGGUUCACUCCAGUAGGUGCAAACUCAGAGAGAUCAUUUGGAUGAGUGAAUAUUAUGACUCGUGUGGCAUAUGGGCUAGAUCCCAUGAAGGUGAAGGCUUACCAGUAUCCAUGACAAAGAAGAAGCCAGUGAGGAUUAGUCCUGCCUGUGGGAUGAAGAAAGAAUUGAAGGUGACAACACAACUCGAACUCAUGGAGGGCAGACUUGAUGAAUCUACCACCUACUUGUUGCUGUGGGCCCAACAGAGAAAAGAUUCAAUUCAUCUAUGCUGUCGAAAGCUGAAGAUUCAGGGCAUAACCAAAGACACAGUCAAAGAAAUCUUCAAAACUGUACAUGCACACUGUAUACAGAAGCUGAUUAUAAGUUAUGUCACCUUAAAAGAUUUGGCUUUUCUUAAUCCCUACCUGAGACAGAUGAACAAUCUUCUAUAUCUCACACUAAGUCAUAUCACAGAUAUGCUAUAUGUGAAUGAGUUGGAUAUUUCUCUACUUUCUGCAUUCCACUGUCUCCAGAGACUCUGUAUAAAUUUUGUCUUCUUUAUGUUUGACAAACUGAAAGAAUUCCUCAGGUUCCUGAAGAAACCCUUGGAGUCACUUAGCAUCACUAACUGUAACCUCUCACAGUCAGACAUGGAUUGCCUGCCCAACUGCGUAAAUAUUUUUGAGCUCGAAUCUCUAAAACUAGCUAAAAUUAAUUUUCCUUAUUUACUUAUUGAGCCUCUUGGGUAUUUCCUUGAGAUAGUUAGACAUACCCUGAAAUACCUGGAAUUACAGUCGUGUGGUAUACAGGACUUUCAGUUCAGUACAGUGCUGCCUGCCCUAAGCCAAUGUUCCAACCUCAGACUUGUCAGAUUCCAUGAUAACAACUUUUCUUUGCUUUUCCUGAAAGAACUUCUAUGCCACACAGCCCAGCUGAGCCAACUGAAAAGGGAGGCAUACCCUGCCCCUCUGGAGUGCUAUGACAGGGGUAUAAUCCUUUCACACAGAUUAGAAGACUUUUGUCCUGAGCUCCUGGAUAUACUCAGGGUCAACAGAGAGCCUAAGAAGGUCACCUUUGAAACAAUCCAAUGCUCUAAGUGUGGUGGUUACUAUGUUUAUAAUCUGGAGACCCAAAGUUGCCUUUUUAAAAAGUAA